UCAUCGUCAUCCUCACUGCUGUGCAGUGCUGAGUGAUUGAAUUUGGUUACGACUACCAAUAAUCAAGUUCUGUAGAGAGGUAAGUUCUGAAUCUCACAUCAUUUGAGUCUUCAUAAAAGUAAUUGAAGGUGUCAACGAUUCCCUUCUGAUCUUACAAAAAUCAGUUACUGCAGAGUUUUUCCACUCUUCUCUCUGUUCCUCUGUUUUGAGCUUAACCCAGUAGCCGUGAACCCCUAACCACAGAACAAAUUUCAGAGAUGGUUAUUCCUCCACCUGUUAGGCCACCAAGAAUCACCAAGUAUCUGAAGCCCUAUGUCCUGAAGACGAACUUCACAAACAAAUAUGUGAGUGCCCAAGUUUUCCACUCACCAACUGCCACAGUAGCUUGUUCAGCAAGUUCACAAGAAAAGGCUCUGAGGCCAACCAUGGAGUCUACUCGGGACGUUGCUGCAGCCGCCAAGAUUGGGAAAAUUCUGGCUGAGCGGUUGCUUCUCAAGGACAUUCCUGCCGUUACUGUUGCCUUGAAAAAAGAACAGAGAUAUCACGGUAAAGUGAAGGCGGUGAUUGAUUCUUUGAGGGAUGCUGGUAUCAAAUUGAUUUAGAUUGAAAUUUAAUACUCAAUUUGCUGUAAGGAUUGUGACUUCUUUAAACUUUUUGUGAUGGGAUUGUGUUGGUCAAGUUAUGUUUCAAACUUUGCAUGCCUUGUUGAGACAUUUACAGACCAAGCAAGUAGUUUUCAGCAAUUCGGAUAAGAUUUUCUUCUGAUUCAAGCUCA